AAAUUAAUAGAGAUAGUAUCAGGGUAUGAUAAGAUAUUUGAGAAAGAAGGUAUUAAAAAUAUUAGUAUAAUUAAUGGGCAUGGACAGAUAAGUACUGAAUAUAUAUUAGAUAGUAUGCGUAUAAAAUUAUUGAGUGAUUUAGUUAAUAAUAUGAAUAUAGCAAGUAGGUUAUACAUUAUUACAUCAGGAAUAAUUAUAGGGGUGAUUAAUGGGUUAGGGAGUACAUCUGGGGUUUAUAAACUUAAUGCAUGGAAUAUAUUAUUAGGGUUAUUAAAGAGUAAGAACAAAAGUAUAAUUAAGUAUAUGAUAACUGUUGGGAUAAUUAAUAGGAUAGAAACUGAAUUAAUCAAAGAAAACAGAAGGAUUAGUGCGUAUACACCAAUUAUAAAGAAAGUAGAUGGAAUUAUCAAGAACAAAUCGUAUGUUAUAUAACUGAAGUGUUAAACAAAUCGUAUUUAUACCGUAUUAUUAAAACAAAUGAAUAAGUCACAUAUGAAAUAAUCAUAGUUGAUUUAUAUCACAUGAUAGAGCACGUCCAAUGUAAAGCCAUAUACUCGCAUAUGCUAAGUCGUAGAUAGUGGUAUACAUGGAAAUUAAAGGGUAUAUAAG